GGUACAGCUCGGUAUUUCUACAGUGCGAGUGUCAGUCUAGGAUCCAAUAGCUUCUUAUCGCUGUCCCAAAGCGCCAUAACAGCAAAACACUCCCCUCCAUUUCCGAGCUAACGCUCACCAGAGGAGCCUGUGCGUAAAUCAAACUGAAUCGCCUGAAGAGCGACAAACGGCCGCCGUGGAAGUGAAGUGGACGCGAUGUUUCACGCGAGUGGCUCCCGUUCAGCGUGACGAGACAAGCGGGGCGAGGCGUCUGAAGGCGCGACACAUCGGAAGAGCUGCGUCGUGUCCUCUCCACCUGUACCGUUCUCCAGCUGGUGAUUCCUGAUCACUCCAGAGAUGAGUGCCAAGACAGCCAUCAACAAGGAGGUGUUCACACCCCACGACGAGAGGAUGCUCGUUGCUGUGCAGGUGAAGCGGAGGACCAAGAAGAAGAUCCCCUUCCUGGCCACCGGUGGGCAGGGGGAUUACAUGACCUUCAUCUGUGUCUCAGUGACCAACAAGAAACCCUCCCAUGUCUCCAUCACCAAGGUGAAGCAGUUCCAAGGAUCUUCCGCCUUCGUGAAAAGGUCACAGUGGACAAUCGACGAGCUAAGACAAGUCAACGGCAUUAACCCGAACAAAGACUGUCCAGAGUUUGACCUCAUGUUCGAGAAUGCUUUUGACCAGUGGGUUGCCGGGUCAGCAGGAGAGAAGUGCAUCUUCAUCCAGAUUCUUCACCACACCUGCCAGCGCUACAGUGCAGCAAGGAAGCCAGAGUUUGUCAACUGUCAGUCCAAACUGCUGGGGGAACACCAAGCUGUAGAUUCAGUCAUGUUCCGUUGCAAGGUCUAUUUGAACAGAAAAUGGAAAGAAUUUGUUGCACAUGACGGUCAUCUGCUAAGACGAGGUAACAGCAUACUACACUCGGCUGCUGACAGUGUGACGAGUGCCGUGCAGAAGGCCAGCCAGGCUCUCAAUGAACGCGGGGAGCGACUGGGUCGGGCUGAGGAGAGGACUGCAGACAUGAUGAACAGUGCUGAACAGUUCUCUGUUACAGCACAGAAGCUUGCCAUGAAGCACAAAUGUUAGACCACUUCCAAAACCAACUGAAGGUGGUUGGGGGGGGUCGGAGGGCAGUUGCUGUACAGGAGAAGGAUUCCAUAUUUGACUAUUUUUUGAAAGAGUUGAUAUUUUUGGUUAAAAUAUUAACAUUUUAAUGAUUUGGAUUUUUUUUGAUGAGGAGUGGAAGGUAACCAGCGGUACUGCAGACAGGCAGCAAAAUGUUUUGUGCUUUUUUAAAAACAUUUAUGUGAGUUUUGACACAUGGUAAGAAAUCAUUAUCAGCAAUCACUCCAUGACAAGGAACAGCUUGUUUCAUUAGUAAUUACUUGUUGUUGGUUAUUUAUGAGCAGUGCAGUGAUUAUGCAGUCUAAUUUAUGAUUAGCGGACCCUCGUGUGGGUUUCACAUGUGUGACUGGAUUUGAACAUCAAUAAAUCCUAAAUUGUUUAUUUUCAAUUUAUUGUUCGCUUCACUCUUGGACAUUGCAUUCAUUCCUUCCAUCAUUUAAAAAAUGUAUCAACACAGUAUUAGUCAAAUGUUAACAUAAUAUUUCAUAAACUGCUUAUGAUAUAAUGUACAAUAUGUAACAGCUGUGAAAUAUACAGUACUACUCCUCUGUCAGACUUGUCUACAAUUCACAACAACCAAAACUAAAUGGAAAAUAGUUAUUUUGAAGUGUUCUUGAAGAACUUGGAAAUUGGAUUUUUAUGUUAAAUUCAAAAAGUUCUUUGCAUUGUAAAAAGCAAAACACAUACUUCUUCUGUCUGCAGAUCUGGGAUGUUUUUAAGUGACUCUCAGCUGUAUUUCAACUUAGUAUUCAGAAGUAUUAACUUAUUAUUUUUUGUAUAACUUGGGUUGGUCAAUAUAGCGAUAUGUAAACUGAUGAAUGACAAAAUAUUCUGAAUAUUAGGAGCAGUGUGUCCUAUAGUUUAUUAUUGGUGUCAGCGCUCUCACAUUGACAUUUAACUUUGGCUUCCUCACUUGCAAAAGAGCUUUCUUACAAUCAAGAUGUAUUUGAUUAUUUUUCCUGUCUUCAUUUUUAUAAUUCAUAAUGUUGCACUGACAUACUGAAAUGUUCCAGUUGCCUAACUCUUACUGUGCUGUUGUUCCUCUGUCCUACACUUUAGAUGUUUAUUGUUUUAAUAAAGAAAUGUAUACAAAUAUU